AUGGAUUCCCCCAAGCCAGUAGCGUCAAAGCUUGACUCUGAACAUCUCAAGUCAGAGCUCCCCGUCUUCACGCCCCUUCCAUAUACCCUAUCGCAAAUACGGGACGCCAUUCCAUCUAAAUUUUUCAUCAUAUCAACUUCGCGCGCUCUAACAACCCUGGCACGUGAUAUAUUCAUGGCCGCAUUCUUCUUCGUCCUUGCUCUUUACAUCCCCUCUAUCCAGCUCUCAUACCCAUUUCAAGUUUACAACCCCCUCGUACGCGCUGCUGCAUGGGUCGGGUACUGGUGGUUUCAAGGUCUCACACUUACCGGAAUAUGGGUGCUCGGACACGAAUGCGGCCACGGCGCGUUCAGUCCCUACACGUGGUUGAACGACAGCCUCGGAUUCAUCCUUCACAGCUUCCUCUGGACCCCCUACUUCAGUUGGAAGAUCGGCCAUCAUAGACAUCAUAUGACCCAUGCCAGCAUGGAGCGCGAUGAGGUAUACGUUCCCAAGACACGCGCGAUUUUAGGGAUACCUUCAAAGGAGUUAGAAGAGGAGCAUGGUAUUGAUUGGGAGGAUUACUUCGGCGACACGCCUAUUUGGACGCUAAUGAUGCUCAUCCGGCAACAGCUGCUCGCAUUUCCGGCGUAUCUGAUGUUUAACGUAUCGGGUCAACCACACUAUCCACCAAAUACGAACCAUUUCUCACCCUCCUCUGUAAUCUUCACGCCAGAUCAGCGGAACGCUGUUAUUCUCUCUAACAUUGGCAUUGGGACUAUGAUUGUCCUCUUCACCGCUGCUGUGCGUCAAUGGGGAUGGUGGAACGUCAUGGCGCUCUAUGGUAUACCGUGGUUUGAAGUCAGUCAUUGGUUUAUCAUGAUAACUUACCUCCAUCACACUGACCCCACCCUACCGCACUAUCGCGCUACAAAGUGGACCUUUUCUCGCGGUGCUGCUGCGACCAUCGACCGACCAUUCCUCGGGUGGAUGGGUAGAUGGUUUCUACACGAUGUCGCGCACUAUCAUGUCGUACAUCACUUCUUCCCCAAAAUGCCCUUCUACCAUGGACCCGAAGCUACACAGCAUCUCAAGGCAUUCUUAGGACCGCACUAUCGUUCGUCAGACGAGCCCGUGUUUCAAGCACUAUGGAAAAGCUAUAACGACUGCCAGUUCGUUGAAGAUGAAGGCGAUGUCCUUUUUUAUAGAGAUAAACAGGGCCGUGCUGUCGUUAGGGCCGAGGACGAAAUGUAG